GCUGACUCCGGGCUCACUGAAGACGCCCUUAGCAACAACACACACAGCUGCGUCGAAUACGAUUCUCCUACCGCAGAGAAGACGGAUUAUACAGUGCCGCUUUUAUUGCACCGAGUACAGGUGAAGGUUUUCUGCGAAGGCGGUGCUCCGGUUAUUUCUGCAGUUAACAUGGGGCUACCCCUAGCGAGCUAGCCUAUUUUGGCUAGCCGUCCCUGAAGACUAGCGAAGCGGCCCCAAGCUGUCCCAAAGGAGGACAAUAUCGUGGGGGUUCGCCGAGUGGUAGCAUUGCAGCUUGCUAACUACAAAGUCAGCUAACCGGGAAUAAGCACGGGAAUGGUGCUCUGGAUCGACUCACUGUACCGACAGAGAAAGGCGAGGGGCACACGGGUCAGACCACCGAGCUGUAACAUUUGGACUCAAACUAUUUUUAACGGAGGGAGCGGCUGUCGGGCGGGCGAGUGUUUGUGUGGCUGUGCGAGCUAGCAGGCUAGCAAGCAAGGGAAACGACCCCCACCGCCUGCUCAGGUUUUUUUUUUUCUUCUUUUUUUCACGUUACUGAUCCACGGCAAAGUCAUUAACAUUAAUGCUGUUAGUUAAGUUUGCUACGUCACUCUAGUUUGAAUCUUUGUUUUCCACUUUUUUUAUUCGGAAUUUGUUUUCGUCACUUCGGAUGCUGGCAUCACAUAAUAAUUGCAAUCAUGAUGAUAAUAAGCAGAAAACCAGAGGGCCCAAUAGCAACAGCACGCCAUGGUGAUGGUCUUUAUGACUCGUACAUGAGGACAGACCACAUCCUUAAAGACGAAGCGGAUACAAACAGUCCGUCUGGGCUGCCCCCUAUGCCCAAACACACAGUUGUCAGUAACAAGGCUGCAAUGAGGGAUCAGGUAACUGUGCGAGCUGGCCAUCUGAAGGUCAAGUACCUGUAUGAAGACUCCACCAACAACCGAAAGAUAAACGCCAUAACCACGGCAACCACUCAGAACAGUGGGACCGCAGGUCAGACGCCCAGUAAACCUGCCCUGGUCUCCAGCCUCUCCAAGGAGCACAGUGUGGACAGUACCGAAUCCAGUAAGGGCUCCAGUGAAUCCUCUGGCCCUCAUGGAGUUGGGAAUGGAGGGAACAGUGGGAAGCUGUGUGGCCCUCUCACUCCUGACCAAGCUCUGAGACUGUACCGAUCCCAACUGACCAGCCUAGAGCAGACGGAGAUCCACUCCUACCCAGACAUCUACUUCGUGGGAGCCAGUGCCAAGAAGAGGCCUGCCGUUGCUGGAGGCAACAAUAACUGUGGCUACGAUGAUGAGCAGGGUGGAUACAUUCAUGUCGCCCAUGAUCACCUGGCUUACCGCUACGAGUUCCUCAAGAUCAUUGGUAAAGGUAGCUUUGGCCAGGUGGCUAAGGUAUACGACCACAAACUGCAGCAGCACCUGGCUUUGAAAAUGGUGCGCAACGAGAAACGUUUUCACCGGCAGGCACAGGAGGAGAUCCGCAUCCUGGAGCACCUGCGCAAGCAGGAUCGUAAUGGCACAAUGAAUGUUGUGCACAUGCUUGAAAACUUCACCUUCCGCAACCACAUCUGCAUGACCUUUGAGCUGCUGAGCAUGAACUUGUAUGAGCUUAUCAAGCGCAACAAGUUCCAGGGCUUCAGUCUGCCACUGGUCAGGAAGUUUGCACACUCCAUUUUGCAGUGCAUGGAGGCCCUGAGCAGGCACAGAAUCAUCCACUGUGACCUCAAGCCAGAGAACAUCCUGCUCAAACAACAGGGUCGCAGCGGCAUUAAGGUGAUUGACUUUGGCUCCAGCUGUUUUGAACACCAGCGGGUGUACACCUACAUCCAGUCUCGUUUCUAUCGAGCUCCAGAAGUGAUCCUUGGUUCACGUUACGGCCUUCCUAUCGAUAUGUGGAGCUUUGGCUGCAUACUGGCUGAGCUGCUGACUGGCUACCCCCUGUUCCCCGGUGAGGACGAGGGUGACCAGCUGGCCUGUGUCAUGGAGCUGCUGGGCAUGCCUCCGCAGAAGGUCCUGGAGCAGGCCAAAAGGGCAAAGAACUUCAUCAAUUCUAAGGGCCACCCUCGCUACUGCGGAGCCAACACCCUUCCCACUGGUGCCACUGUGCUGACAGGUUCUCGCUCCCGCCGCGGCAAGAUGAGAGGUCCCCCAGGUAGCAAGGAGUGGAGUGCUGCGCUCAAGGGCUGCGAGGACCCCACCUUUACUGACUUCAUAAAGAAGUGUUUGGACUGGGACCCCUCGUCUCGUCUCACCCCUAGCCAGGCCCUCAGACACCCUUGGCUGUAUCGCCGCCUACCUAAGCCCCUACCAGGAACUGAGAAGAGCCAAGGGGCCACGGUUAAACGGCUCUCCGAGCAUCACAGCACCUCCUUCCCUUCUAUUCUGGCAAAAGGGGGGCCUGGCUUAGGCACCACAGCUGCCAACAACAAACUGAGGAGCAACAUGAUUGGAGAUUCAGGGGAGGGCAUACCUCUUCGCACUGUCCUACCUAAACUUGUCUCUUAGAGAGAGAGUACUGUAUCUCCUCUCUUCCACUUCUUCUUCCUCUGUACUCCUCAGGAGGAGUCAGAGUAUAGGAGAAAGUGGAGACUAGGUUUAUAAACUUGUUUGGUUGUUCUUUUAUUUGUUUUCCUACGGAGAGGUGUCGACACCCCAGUUCCUGGUUUUUAAUAUUAGCUAACAGAGUGGGAGAGAGAGACAAUAAAAGAAACUCUAAAAAAAAAGUUUUUAUACAGAGGAUUUUCUUGAGCGGCUGUGGAGUUUCUGUAUACAGCCAUUGAUGAGGUUUGAUUUAGAAAAUGCUUAACAAAAAUGUCCUCAUGUGACUGGACAGCUUCGUAAAUGAGUAAAUGUUUUUAACCUCAAGUGAGUGGUGUGUGUGUGCAAAACAGACUCAAGCACACCUGCACUGUCACUUGCCUCACUUCACACUCUUUCCUAACACUCAAAGGGUGCCACCCUUUCUUGGGAAGUAUUUAUAUGAGUGAAACUUGAAAAGGGCUACAGAGAUUACUUUUACCACAUUAGAAUUAGCAGCAAGCAAAGAUUUCUUCAGCCAACACAAUUUUAAUAGAAAAAAGAAUCAUGCAUCAUGUGCGUUUGGCAUUAUGUAGUGAAGAAUUAUGGAAAGAAUUUAGCUCGAACUGUCACAAAGGUGUCACCGUCACACUAUACUUCACAAAGUAUAUACUGCCUGCUGGAACACAAAAACUGAAUAUAUAUAUAUAUAUAUAUAUAUAUAUAUAUAUAUAUGAGAGAGAGAGAGAGGUGGAAAGUUAAAUUUGUAGGAAUGUCACCUGCCCAUGCCCCCUAAUUGGCUGCUGUGGUCGUUAGCAGUGGUGCAUUAAUACUAAUUGUGCAAGGUGAGAUGGAUCAUGGGAUAAAAUGAAAAUCGAUAUGUUUAAUAUGAGCCAAGAUAUGUUUUUUUUAAUUUCACAGGUGUAGAAGAGUUGACAGGACGGGCCAGUGACAAAGCCAGGUUUUUAUGGUACUGAAGAAAGAAGUGUUUCUCAGGGAGACAUAACUUGAUACAUCCCUUAAGCUUAUAUUAACUGUGUUCCACUACAGUUCCCUGUCCAACUAUGGAAGAACAUGCAUGCAGUUCAGUCCGCUGAGAGCAAGAGAAUGCAUAUACGAGUGUGUCUGGGAACGGGGCUCUGCAUGCUCCACGAUCUGACCUAGAUUCUCUCUCCUCCCCCCACCAUAUCUUUCUCUCUUGUUUUCUCUUACGCUUGUCUCAUGUUGGCCAGGGAACCUCUUAAACUCACACAUUUAUAGGGAAUUAUGGUGCUGUCUAAAACACACAGACACACAUCAGGUGCACGUUGUAUGGACCACAUCGCUCAAAGAGUUCAUUCUCUCGCGCCUCGUUUCCCAAGUGAAUCUGUCAGGAAUUUCUACUUUUUUUUUUUUUAAUUGAAGUGAUUUCUAUUUGCUAAGCAGUCCAGAAUAUCAGAGGAUGUAAAAAGAGAAAGCAGUAUACUGUCGUGUUGUACCUAGUGGUGUGCGUUAGUAGGAGGGUGUUUGGUGUUCUAGCAUGAAAAUCACAACCUGUUAUCAGACUGAGUGACUAUGAGAAGAGAAACUGUACAGUAACCAAAUGAAGUUAUAAUAGUUUCUUUUUCUAAAGAAAAUAAAAAGGAUUUACUGAAA